AAAAAAUUAAAAAAAUUGUAAACAGUCUGUCAACAUGUCGGUCAAUGCACAGGUUCACUUGGGUAACAAUGAAAAUAAUAAAAAAACAGAAAAAUCACCUAGACCAUUGUUUCCAAAGAGAGAAGAUUGUUCACAUGUGUCUUGUUACUGCGAAGAAAACGUCUGGAAACUAUGUCAAGAUGCGGCGUUAAGAGUUCCAGAGGAAAUGGACAGAUGUUUCGUUGUUUUUAUUUCAAACCCGCAUCGCACAGUACCUCUUUGGAAACAAAGGGCUGGGCGUGAAGAUGACCGUCUCGUCAUAUGGGACUAUCAUGUGAUAUUUCUGUACUCCUGGGACUCCAAGACCUGCCUUGUCUAUGACUUGGACUCAGAGUUGCCUUUUCCUACUUUUUUCCAUAAAUAUGUUACAGAAACAUUUCGCACUGACCAAGUUUUAAAAUCUGAUUACCACAGAUUCUUUCGUGUUGUGCCUGCUAAGCAGUUUUUGCAAAAUUUUGCUUCGGAUCGCCGUCAUAUGAAAAGGCCUGAUGGUUCAUGGAUCAAACCUCCACCUUCCUAUCCCGCCAUAUAUACUAUAAAUUCAACUCAUAAUUUAGAUGAAUACAUCAAUAUGGAUUUCUCCUUGGGUCCAGGUCAGGUAUUUAAUUUAACAGAUUUUGUGCAGCGAUUCUAUAAGAUAAAUAAGUAGUACAAAGAUGAAUUUGUUAGAUAGUCAAAUAUUAUUUUAAAUUUUGUUUCAUGACCUUAACGGUUUAUGACUUUAGUUGAUUAUGUUUUAAUAAUCUUUGUUAUUUAGUUAUUUUGCAGUGUAUCUAGAAUUUUACAUAUUUUAUUAUCCAAAAUUUAUUAAUAUUCAUUUAAUCUUGUUCUUUUCUUAUAUUGAUGUGUCAGUUUUCUAAGAACGACAAAAUAAAGAAAAGUUAUUUGAUUAUAGUUUCAAAAUUAAAAAUUAAAAUGGAAAUUUUAGUUCAGAAAUAUUUUAGUUUAAAUUUAUAUUUCAAUUUAUUUUUGUUAAUGAUAUCUAUCAUUAUAUAUGAUUAUUAUCCAGUAACAUUUUUUUUUUCUUCAAUUCCUUAACAAUUCUGAAGCACCAUGAUAUACCUAUCCGCUUAAUACACAUGAUUGAUAAUAAUUUAGCACAAAUGUCUAAUAAUAAUAUCUUUCACCAAUCAUUGAAUUUAUUUCUAUGUAGGUCUGUGAUAAAUUUUACUUAAAUAUAUUGUGGAAUAAGGAUUCUAUAUUGUUGAAAACCUACAUAGAAAUAUUCAAUAUUCAACUUUUGUAUAAUUUUGAGUCUAUAUACAUUCUUAUACAUAAUUCAAUAACAUUAUAAAUGAUAAGUACUUCUAUCCCAUUCAUAAUUAGCUAAUGCUGAUAUUAGAUAGUUAAAUUAUAGAUUUAAGUAUUCUAAUUGAGAGGCUAGUGCUUAAAUAUUUCAAUUUUAUAAAUGACUUGUGUGUUUUUGGAUGUCCUUAAUAAGUUUUCAUUUGUUGUUUGUUGUGAAGAGUAUAAUAUAAUAUUUUAUUGUAAGUAAAUAUAUUUGUUCUCAUUUUGACUGAGGUAGAUCUUGUUUACAUAAUGUAUGUUAUCUUGAGUGAUAUAUGACUGUUUAAGUAACAUUAUUGUAGAAUAUAUUGUCGCAAAGUAGCUUUUGUAUGUUGUUAAAUCUAUUUAAUAAUUUUGUAUCAACUUUUAUACACUCUUUUUAAUCUUCCCUAGCACCCUUAGUAAGUUUAUACAAGUAUCUCGAAAAUUAUUAUAUAAGCAUGAUUUUGCUUAUGGAAAAUAGCAUUAAAAAUUUUUACUAGCAUACCUAUUUAUAAGAAUAUUGUAAUCAUGAUUAAUUUACAAUAAUUGUAUUUUCACAUUCCAUGUGAAUUAAAAUGGGAAUAAUUAAUGUUUCGUCCAUUUAUGUGAAUGAUAACAGUUUUGUGGAUUUGAUAUGUAUUUGUACACCAGAUGUAAUGAAAAAAAAAAUGGUUAGUUACCUAUUUAUAAUAAUGGAUAAAACAAUUGGAAUGAAUGACAUGUUUUGAAAUAUUUUAUCCUAUUUACAUCCUAUUCUUAAUAUCUACAAUAUGCUUAGUUGCUGAAUUCAACUAUACAAUAUCUUGUUAUAAGAAUAUAAUUCACUUUUGUCUGUUAAUAUUUUAUAAUACCUAAUUAUGUAAGAUCCUACCUUUAUUGGCUUAAAUGAUAGUUAUAUAAUAUAGUAAUAAGAUAUAACUUUGCCGCACAGGUAUUUGAUUAUAUUUUACACAAACAAAUGUUUUAGUUCCUUGAAAGGUUCAUUAGCUCAUUUUCAAUAAUCUAGUCAUUAUUAUAUAUUAUUAUAUAGUUACACGAAUUAAUUCAAUUGUUUUAGAUAUUGGAAACUAUAUUGCUUUUGUGAGCCGAGUUGUUUGUUGCUGAAUGCUAACAAACAUUUAUUGCAUUAUGAAAUCUAGUCAUUAAAUCCACUUCUUGAAAUCUAGGGCCAUCACUUAGUAGCACUAAUCGAGGCGUAGCUGGAUACUUAAUGGGACCAAAACUAUUGCGAAUGGAUGUGGUGGAAGCCAGUGUGUGUACUGUGUAAUGUAUUACUGGGGGCCGGGGGGUGUUUCGACGUCCCACUGGUUACGCCUUUGUCCUGUUAUUAUCAAACUAAUAUUUUACAGUUUUAACGAUACCUUCCUUCUACGCCUUUAAAAUAAUAUCUUUUAACCGGAGAGUGACGAAAAUUUAUCGUGCUUGUGCUUUUAAUGUACCAAGUGACAGUUUUGAUUUAUCAAGCUAAAAAUAAAACACCACACGCUA